AAUGCCGCCUCACGCCUCAGAAGAGCACGCCCCCUCGUGAGCUACAGCCGCCUCAGAAGCUGGACAGCUGCUCCACCGGAACGACAGGUGGCCGGCCGAGGCCUUGGGCUGCCUGCAGCGUCCAGUUUGACCCUCGUCCAGCCGACCCCGCCCUCAGACCCCCAACAGCUGCUGUAUAUAAGAAGCACGCAGCCUCUGCUGAGGCACUGUACAGCUCUUCCAACACCAGUGGCUGCUCACUGCACUACGCCAAUCAUGUUCAAGUCCCUGGUCCUGUCCCUGUGCCUGCUGGUGGCGGUCUUCGCCGCUGAGGAGUCCGCCCCCAAGGAGAAGCGCGGCCUGGCCUACGCCACCGGCCUCGGCUACUCCGCCCCCCUGGCCUACUCCUCUGGACUCUACAGUGGAUACGGAUACCCUGGAUAUGCUGGAUACUACGGCUACGGUGGCCUGGGAUAUGCUGCAGCUCCGUUCGCCUAUGGAUACCAUGGAUACAUCUGAAAUGCAUAGAAUUCAUUUUUGAGAAAUAAUCAACCCUUCUGUAUAUUCACAAAAGAUUGCUCAAGCAUUGAGACUUUAAUUCGAGGUACUCAGUUCGCUUGUCCUAGGCUCCUUUCUCAACAAUGUAGUUACAGUGAACUCUAGUAAAAUUUUUCUAUCCACAAA